AUGGCCCCUGCUUCAACUCACCGGCGAACAAAGUCCUCUGGCCCCGCCCCCCCAAACCGCACCCUCAUUAUCGACAAUGGCGCAUACACCCUCAAAGCAGGUUUCUCUUCCCCCAACACGGAAAGCCCCACGCCGUCCAUAAUACCCAACUGUCUGGCGCGAGAUCGCGAGAAGAAGGUAUAUAUAGGGUCACAAUUAUCGAAAUGCAGAGAUUUUGGAGAGAUCGUCUUCCGCCGCCCCGUCGACAAAGGAUAUGUAGUCAACUGGGAAGCGCAGAAGGAGAUAUGGGAGCACGAGUUCUUCGAAGACAAGGCGCCACUGCAUUGCGAUCCUAGGGACACGGGCCUGAUCUUGACGGAAGCACCGAAUGCACUACCGCAGCUGCAGACCAAUUGCGACCAGAUGGUGUUUGAGGAAUUUGGAUUUGCAAGCUAUUAUCGGUGUACUGCUCCAAGUCUAAACGCAUACAACGACAUUCAAGCAAUAUUCCCCGUCCCACCUCGUGCAGAGCCCCAACCCCAGCCUCAGCUCCCCGCCGAAAUCCUCCUCCUAAUCGACUCAGGCUACUCCCAUACGACCAUCACACCACUGCUUCUAGGAAAACCCCUUCAAGCAGCCGUUCGCAGACUUGAUGUUGGAGGGAAGCUUAUGACCAACUAUCUCACACGUCUCCUAUCACUCCGCCAAUACGAUAUGCGCAGCGACACCUACCUCGUGAACGAGAUCAAGGAAGCUACAUGCUAUGUAUCCAAAGAUUUCACGGGUGACAUGGCACGGACGUGGAAAGGGCCAAAGGGGGACAGGAGGCCAGAUUAUGGUACAAGUGGGGGAAUCGCGAAAGAUUACAUUCUACCCGACUAUCACAACCGCUCCCAAGGAUACGUGCGGGACCAUGAUCCGACCGCUGCUGGGAAGCUGAAAGCAUUAACAGCUGGAAAAUCUGCCGAUGCAGCGGAGGAUAUCGUAACCCUACGAAACGAACGAUUCUCGGUCCCAGAGCUACUCUUUAACCCGCCUGAUAUUGGCAUUAGGCAAUCCGGCAUUGCCCAAAUGGUGAUAGAAAGCCUAUCCCAGGUCCCGUUUGGCCUUUGGCCUGGAUUUCUGGCGAAUAUAAUUGUGGUUGGUGGAAAUGCCAAUAUCGAGGGGUUUGUUUCUAGACUUGAGCUGGAGAUCAGGGCGUUAGCGCCUGCGGAAUGUAUUGUCAGAGUUGGGAAGCCGGCUGAUCCGAUUGUGAGCACGUGGCAGGGUGGUGCGGUUCUCGCAAAGGAUGUCGAUGUGUUGAGUAAGUUGUCUGUCACAAAGUUGGAAUACGAAGAAUAUGGCGCGGGGUGGGUAGCGAGAAAGUUCGGGGGAAGAUAG